UUUUGUAAUCGACAUAUCUGCGUCUGCUCUCAGUGAUCUGCUAGCAGCAGAUGUGGACGUUAGUGCUGGUCUUUUGAUAUAGAUGGCUAGACUUAAAGUUUGUCGUUCUCUGUACAGUUUUUGUUCUCGUUACAAAAACGUGUUAGAUUUUACUGUAGGAGAAAGAUUUGCAGUGUUGGAAGAGAAUAACGAUGAUGAAAAUUGGUGUUAUGCUAUCAAUAAGCAGGGAAAUAUUGGUUACAUUCCAAAAUCAUACAUAGAGAUGGAACAGCUGACAAUGGUAGAAGCAGUGAAUUUUGUAGAAGAUAUUCUGAAAUUAAUUCCAAAAGAAAGUGAAGACGAUAAAACUAAUAAACAGAAAAAAUUUUUGAUGCAGUUAAUAGAAGCUUGUAGGAGUUAUCAUCUGCAGCAAACAACUAACUCGUGCAGUAUGCAAAUGCCACACAAGAUGACAAAUGUUCAACAGGACGAUGGUUUGACGUAUGCUGAAUGUAAGCAAGAAAAUGUAGAACCAAAUACUCUGUACAAUCUGACAGAAAAUAUAGUAAAAAGUAAGAUCAUAAAUGAAGAUCAGUGUGAAGAAAAAAUAGGAAAUUUGUUUAAUAAUCAAGUUAAUUGUUCAAGUGAAGAAACUAGUAAAAUCAAUGAAAAUGGUACAAAAGAUGAUUACAUUUUAGAAGAUAAAUGCAAUUCAGAGAAUAGUUUAAGUACAGUUGAAAGAGAAGUUAUAGAAGAAAUUUUGAAGAAUGGCUUGGACAUGCCUGUCGAGAAUUGUGUUUUGCCCGAACUACGGGAUUGUGGAUCAGUUACCGACAGCACAAAUGAUUUUAACUGUGUUGUUCCUGCAUCUCUGGUACCUGCACUCAUAGAGCAGAUUCGUAGCUGUACUGACUUAAGUUACAAAAAAUCACAAGUUGCAGUAGCAACAGUAUUAAGUUGUUUUAAAAAAGAAUUACCUUUGUUAUCACCAAUAUGGUUGCAAAUGGAGGAAAAUCUCAGUAAAUGUCAGGAGGACAAAUCAUCCCUCAUUCAUGGAGAAGAUAGAAAAAAGCUUGAAGAAAUAUUCAGACAGUUAUGGUAUUGUAGAAAUGAUGAACAACAACGUAGUUGGCCCGUGCACGAAGAUGAAGCAAUUAUUAAAGGCCUUUUAGAAGAAUUAUACAGAAUAUUACUAGAUGCAGAUCCAAGAAUAACUUGUGAAGCAAUUCAAGUAAAUGAUUAUGAAGCUCUGCAUCUUCUAGUCACAUAUUAUCAGAUGGAACCACGAAGAACAUUGAGAAUUGCAAUGCUGCAGAUAUUUAUAGGACUCUGUGAAUUGGAUCAGAAUGUUAUUGAUCAGCUAUUGAGUUCUAUCCUACCAAUGGAAUUAGCUAGAGAUAUGCAGAGUAUUAAUGAUGAUCUGAAAAGACUUCAAUAUUCAGCCUAUUUGUUGACACUUCUGUUCUGUACAGGGCAGCAACCAUCUAAUUGUGUUUAUGAUUAUAUAAAUGAAAAAUUUCUGGAAUUUCUGCUGGAUAUGAUAGAAGAAUCUGAUAAAGGAGAUGAAGAGAAAGAAGCAGUUGGAGAUCAGUGUUUAGCUGUACUUUUAGCAUUCAAUCAACAUCAUAAAACUGCAAAUGAAAAUCCAGUACUCUCUUUUAUUGAAUCUAGAAGAGACGCUAAAAUUCUUACUGAAAAAUUAAUGUUGCUGAUCAAUCGAGAACAUGAUCCUACCAAGCUGUUGAAUUACUGUGUAAAUACUCCAAAUUCUGUGAUGAAAAUGUUAAGUGAUUUAUUUUCAAACUCAAAAACUGUACAGUUAUUUUACUUAAAUGAUACAAAAGUCUUGAUCGAUAUAAUUGUUCGCCAACUGACCGAUCUUCCACCGGGCGAUAACAGGCGAUAUUGUUAUCUGAAUCUCGUCAGUAAUAUAAUCAAAAACUCGAGUUAUGACGAACAUUUACACCAAAGGGAAGGUUUGCAGAAAUGUUUCAAUGCAAUUCUUCAUCAAGAUGAAGCAAAUGCGACAGACAGAAAUAUUGUCAGGGAACUGAUCACAGAAUAUCCAGAUUGGUUCUCCCUUACACGGUGACCACUACCAACAAAAAAUAUGCAUCAUACAUUAUGGUGCAUAAUUUCCAUGCAGCUCUUGCAUCUUUUUGAAAAUUUGACUUUAUUAUACAGGCUUGUUUAUAGAAUCUAAAUGCGAACUUUUGAACUUUUUCUAGUCAGAUAACCAUGUAUAUAAAGAAAAUUAGAAGAGACAAUAUUUUAUUUAAUGAUUUUUAAAUUUGUUUUCAUUAUUAUUUAGUAUUAUAUAUUUUUUGACUAUAUUUACAAGAUAUUUACAUAAACAUUACCAAAGAUGAUUAAUUCAAUAUUAUUUCCAAAAACGAUAAAUGUUAACCUACUUUCCAUUACAACCUAUGUAUAUUAUCUAUCAUGUAAAUAAAUUACUCUGA